AUUUGAAUUCAAAACAAUUUCUCUUUUGUUGCAUUUCUUUAUUCCUUUUACACUUUCUUUAUAAAAAUACAAAUACAAUAACAACAAACACUUACUCUUCAUUUUAAAAAAGAUGAAGCCAAGGUUUAUCAUGGAGGACACGCUCCUGGCGCCGUACGAGUAUCUGGCGAAAAUCCCAGGCAAAGAAAUCCGCACAGUGAUGAUCAGUGCCUUCAACAACUGGCUGCACCUCGACCCCGCGCUUCUAUCCUCCAUAUCGAGCAUAAUCCGCAAACUGCAUACGUCCAGCCUGAUGAUCGACGACGUCGAGGAUAACUCUGACCUGCGGCGGGGUAUCCCAGUAACACAUAAAAUUUACGGCAUCCCAAUGACCAUCAACACGGCCAACUACGUUUACUUUAUCGCGCUCCAGGAUGUAUUGCAGAUGCAGAGGCCCAAGUUGGUCGACAUUUUUGCCGAGGAGCUUUUGAAUCUCCACCGCGGCCAGGGCAUGGAACUUUAUUGGAGAGAUACGUUGACGUGUCCGAUGGAGAAGGAAUACUUGGAGAUGGUCUCGCAUAAAACCGGAGGGUUGUUCAGGUUGGCUGUGAGAAUGUUGCAGGAGUGUAGCGAAGAGAAGGUGGAUUUUACCGGGUUGGUCGAUAUGAUGGGGGCGUUUUUCCAGAUCAGGGACGAUUAUAUGAAUCUGCAGUCGGCGGAGUACUCGAAUAAUAAGGGGUUCUGCGAGGAUCUUACCGAGGGCAAAUUCUCCUUUGUCAUCGCCCACGCUAUUACCAAGGGUGAGGAUGGCGGCCAGUUGAUGAGUAUUUUGAGACAGAGGACGGCGGAUGAGAAUGUCAAAAGGUAUGCAGUUUCGCUGAUGGAUAAGGCUGGGGCAUUUGAAUAUACAAGGGAGUACUUGGCUGUUUUGGAGGACGAUAUUGCAGAGAAAAUCAAGGAACAUGGCGGUAAUGAAGUCCUUGAACAAAUGAUGGCUAAACUUAGUGUCAGGAACAUUUAGAAGAAGAAAAAAGUCUGAUAGUUACUUUUCUAUUUAUUUUCUUCUCGAUUUUAUUUUUUUGCAUUUCAUUUUUCUAAAUUUUUUAUUAUCCUGUCAUAAUUUUUUGAGAGAGAGAGAGAGAGCUGAUCUUUUCCCAUAUAAAAUAUUAUAAAGCCACGAGUAAGCUUUCCUUA